GCUUAAAAUAACUGUUGGCUCCACUGUGUUUUGAUUGUGGAGGCUGUGGUUUGUGGUAAUAUUGAGUACAUAGGUUACAUUCUCCAAAUUGUACAUAUGGUUGAAUCACCAACUUUCAGCUAAACUGAUCAAUGUAACAUCAUCAUGAAGAUGAAUUUAGGGGCAGGACUCCUAUAUUAGAAUUCAUUCAUUUUCAGUAGUGCACCCAAUGAACUGGCAACACAGUAGGUAUGCAACGUGAAAUCCUGGUUAAAAAUUUGCAGAGCAGAAUUAUAUUUUCAGCUCAUAAAAGCUGCCAUGUCAUCUGGACAUUUAGUAAACAUCUAAAAACCAAACGCUUGGUCAUACAUGUGUUGACUUCUGAUAAGGUCCUUGCAUUAGAACCAUAUGAAAUGCAUUCAGCUUUAAACCAGGAAGAAGAGUGAAAUUAAUUAAAUGUGAAGAGAAAGCAACAGAAGCAACCCUCAUAAUAAAGUUUAGUGCGACUGUCAAAAAUUGUGCUGCCAUGAUCUCAAAGCGGCUGGAGCACAUUUUCUUGUCAAAACAAGAAAUAAAGUGUUUCCCAGGCAACACGGUCUCCACACAACAACCAAAAAACUAGUGAAACCAAAAUAGGGCGACACCAGCGGCCAAAUGUUUUUAGAUAAGGUAAAGAUAGAUAAUAAUCUGUCACAUCUGUAUGCUGUUACGUUUUCCAAUUUCACUGUUUUGUUUUUUAACUUGUCGUUCAGUGACUGUGUUGCACAAAACACGUCUACGUUUCCAGGAUAUGCUGUGUGGCAAUUUAGGUAAACAACAAUGCUGUGGACUCUGCUCGUUCCACUUCUGACUGCACCAAAUGCACUAGCUGCUUUGGGAUAUUUCAAGCGCUCAUUCCAAGUCUCCUCACAGCUGCACCAUGCUGACUUUUCUUUUUAAAAUGACCAUAUUUUAUGUCUUCAUCAUCUCCUCUUGUUUGCUUAAUCAUGUGUUGCUUGAGGGUGAUCCAGACAUGCCGGCAAUUGCCAGAUAUUUCAACACAAAAGGGAGGUAUGAAGAAGUGAAUCCUUACCUCAGAGAGGAUAUACUUGCUGUGAACAGAUUUAUUCUUCCAUCUGCACAAUGCAAAGAAAUCCAUCUGACCGCAAUUAUAAGACACGGCACGAGAUACCCGACCGUUAAAAGCGUCAAGAAGAUGCAGCAGCUCUACGACAUCGUCCGGCACAACGCCUCAGGUGAGCAGAGCUGGCUGCGCGAGCUCCAGACCCAGUGGACCAUGUGGUACACCGAGGACAUGGACGGACGGCUCGUCCAGAAAGGUGUGAACGAUCACAAGCAUCUGGCCGUCAGGCUGUCAAAGCUGUUCCCUUCACUGAUCUCUGAGGAGCACCUUCGAGGUGGACGCAUCAAAUUCAUAACCAGCUCCAAGCACAGAUGUGUGAACAGCACACUCUCAUUCAAGGCAGGACUGACAGAGCUGUGGGCUAUUAAAGACAUGGAGUUUGAUCACGCUGUGAAUGAUGCUCUGAUGAGGUUUUUUGACCAGUGCACCAGGUUUGUGCAGGAAGUCGACAACAACCCAUCAGCUGCACCGGAGCUGGACAAGUUCAAGCAGGGUCCAGAGAUGAGGAGGGUCCAGGAGAAGAUCGCAGACCGCCUCGGAGUCCCAUACAGUCUCAUCACGCAAGAUAUGGCCAAGGCCGCGUUUUACUUGUGUGCUUAUGAAUUCGCAAUCAAGGCAGCGAACUCCCCCUGGUGUCAGCUCUUAGAUGAGGACGACGCAAAGGUUAUGGAGUAUGCAAGUGACCUGGGGGAAUUCUGGAAAAGAGGCUAUGGUCACGAUAUUAACAGCAAGGCGAGCUGUAUCCUCUUUCACGAUGUGUUUAAGCGGCUGGAAAGGGCAGCCAGCGAGAACAAGUCAGGCCAGCGGGUGAGUGAAGCUGUCACGAUCCAGGUCGGCCACGCGGACACUCUCCUGCCACUGCUCACCCUGCUGGGCUUCUUCAAGGACAACGACACCCUGACAUCUGACAACUACGCCGCGCAGGCCGAGCGCUCCUUCCGCACCAGCCUCAUGAUGCCCUACGCAGCUAACUUAGUCAUGGCGCUGUACGACUGCGGGGGAGGCGACCUUAGACUGCAGCCACUGCUCAACGAGAAGCCCGUGUCUUUCCCCGGCCUUUCGACCGAUCAGCCGGCGUCCAUGCCGUCCUAUCAAGACGUCAGAGAGCGGUACAGGGAGCUGCUCCACGGCUGUGACUUUGAAUCUGAAUGUCAGCUGGUCAAGGAGCCCGCUGGAGUUUAGGUAGAUGGUUACAGUGACACUAUUUUCUUAUAUUUGCAAAAUAGAAUAAGAAAUAAGCAAUUUAUUUCCCCCAUAAUUGUAAAUAUUGCCGCUGCCACUUUAAGGAAGCACUGUUUUCUUAAGCUUCGUAUUAAAAAUUGAGAUGACUAAA